UGUAAGUGAAAGGGAGGAAAUUAAACAUGAUGAUGAUUAUGUAAGUGAACGGGAGGAAAUUAAACAAGAUGAUGAUUAUAUAAGUGAAAGGGAUGAAUUUAAACAAGAUGAAAGUUUUGUAGGAGACAAAGAUCAAAUUUUUGAUGAUCAUUAUGUAAGUGAAAGGGAGAAAAUUAAACAGGAUGAUGAUUAUAUAAGUGAACGGGAGGAAUUUAAACAAGAUGAAAGUUUUGUAGGAGACAAAGAUCAAAUUUUUGAAGAUGAUAAUUAUGUAAGUGAAAGGGAGGAAUUUAAACAUGAUGAUGAUUAUGUAAGUGAACGGGAGGAAAUUAAACAAGAUAAUGAUUAUAUAAGUGAAAGGGAGGAAAUUAAACAAGAUCAAAGUUUUGUAGGAGACAAAGAUCAAAAUUUUCAAGAUGAUAAUUAUGUAAGUGAAAGGGAGGAAAUUAUAUACGAUAAUAAUAAUAAUAUAAGUGACAGAGAGCAAGUUAUCCAAUAUGAUAAUUAUGUAAGUGACAAAGAAGAAAUUAUAUACGAUAAUAAUAAUUUAAGUGACAAGGAAGAAAUUAUAUACGAUAAUAAUAAUUUAAGUGAUAAAGAAGAAAUUAUAUACGAUAAUAAUAAUAAUAAUAAUAUAAGUGAUAGGGAAGUAGAUAAAGAAAAUAAUAAUUAUGUUUAUGAAAAUGAUGAAAUUAUUAAAGAUAACAAAAGUAUGAACGAAAAAGACUCAAGUAUUCAUUAUGAUGAAGAAGGAACAAUUAAAAAUAAAGAUAUUAUUGAAAAUGUGAAGGACGAAAGUAGUGAUAUACAAAUGUUAGAAAAUGAUAUAAUUAAUAAUAUAAACAAUGAAAUAAUAGAUAAUAAUGAAAGUGAAAUAAUUAAUAAUCAAAGUAAAGUAGAAAAUAAUACAAGUAUGACAGAGUAUGAAGAUGUUAUAGAUAUGGAUUACAAAUCUCCAGAAAAUUUAUUUAUGUUUGAUCAAGAAUACAAUAUUAAUGAAGGUCAUAAAGGAGAAAUUAAUAAUAAUGAUAAUGAUAACAGUAAGAGUGUGUCUGGAAUGGGUGAACGAAAAGUUAGUAAUGAAGAAAAUAGGGAAGAUGAAAUGAUAAGAAAUGAAGAAGUAGAUUAUAUAAAAGAAGAUGAUGAACGUAAUUCAGACGAUAUAAAAGAAGAUGAUGAACAUAAUACAGACGAUAUAAAAGAAGAUGAUGAACACAAUACAGACGAUAUAAAAGAAGAUGAUGAACAUAAUGCAGACGAUAUAAAAGAAGAUGAUGAACAUAAUGCAGACGAUAUAAAAGAAGAUGAUGAACACAAUACAGACGAUAUAAAAGAUAAUGAUGAACACAAUACAGAUGAUAUAAAAGAUGAUGAUGAACAUAAUACAGACGAUAUAAAAGAUAAUGAUGAACACAAUACAGACGAUAUAAAAGAUAAUGAUGAACACAAUACAGACGAUAUAAAAGAUGAUGAACACAAUAUAGACGAUAUAAAAGAUGAUGAACACAAUACAGACGAUAUAAAAGAUGAAGAUAAUGAUCAAGUAGAAGACAAUCAAGAAUUAAAUGAAAAUUUAGAAGGUUCAGAUGUACCGAAGGAUGAUGAAGCUUUGGAUGUUGAGGAUGCACCUGAAGAACAAAAAGAGACAGAUGAUAAGAUAGAAUCUGGUUCUGUACGUGAUAAAAAGAAUGAAGGUUCAACUGAGAAAAAAAUUGAAACUAAAAAAGGUGGUUUACUUAUGGGUAUUAUGAAGAGAAAAAGAUUUAUGUCAAGAGAUCCGAAAAAGAAGUCAUAA